AUGGCCUUGACUUCGCCUGCUAACUUCGCGCCGGGGAUGCCCGCCUCGACGGGAUACCCGGUGCCUGCCAUUCCAGCUGAAGCGCAACCCGAAACUCCAACCAGAGGUACCUUUGGCACUGAGUUCUUCAAGAUCUUUGCAGGUCCCAAGAAGGUGACUCGAGAGGGUGCGGCGCCGAAACGCCGCGGCCCCAAGCCCGACAGCAAGCCCGCGCUUACUCGACGACAGGAGCUGAAUCGCCAAGCUCAGAGGACCCAUCGCGAGCGAAAGGAACAAUACAUGCGAGCUCUGGAGACCGAGGUGUCACGAUUGCGGGAGGCUUACACCACUGAAAUUUCCGAUGCGAACGUCACGGUUCAACAACACAAGGAAAUGCUCCAUACGGCGCGAACCGAGAAUGAAAUUCUGAAGGAAAUUCUGGCCGCUCACGGUAUCAACUAUGCCCCCGAACUGGAGCAGCGGAUGGCUGAGCGUGGCUCGCUGGCUGGAUUCCAGUCGAGCCCCGUCGCAGCUAGCAGCUCGGGAUCAAAUACAGCCGCCUUCACCAACGCUACCAGCAAUCAGAAUGUCACACCAGCAACUUCAAUUUCCACCGGCUUGAGUCCACAAGCGACUGGUGGUGUAGAACACGCGGAUGUUUCUCCCCCGAUGGGCUUCGUGCCUCAGCAGCAAGUAUAUCACGCGAGUCCGAAUGAAAACCUGGGAUUGGACCGGUCUGCGGGCCAGGUUGUCGACACCCCCAUACCAACAAUGCGCGGUGUUUUUGAGAGCGACCCACAGCUCCAGGUAGACUUUAUCUUGACACUCGAAGGCCCCUGUCGGGAACACACCGACUACCUCUGCCGUCGUUCCAUCACCGAGGCCGACGACGAGGACAUGCCCUUCUCCGGUCAUGCUUUGAUGGCCACCUGCCCACCACCCAGCUACAUCGCCAACACCACCCCCGAACAGGCAUACCCACAUAAGACCUAUGACCUGCCUCUCGCUAACCUUGGAACUCUGCUCAAUCUUAGUCGCCAACUCGUCACCGACGGCCAGAUUACACCAAUCAUGGCGCUGCAGUGCUUGAAGAACCACGAGCUGUAUCACUCGCUCAGCCGCGACGACAUCAAGGUUAUCGUCGAGACGCUAAACACCAAAGUCCGCUGCUAUGGUUUUGGUGCCGUUGUUGAGGACUUUGAGCUCAUCGACUGUUUGAGUAGCGUGCUGGGCACGACCGUGGAUUUGAGCGUGGCCCGGGUCGGGGAUGACUCGAUGUAUGCUUGA